AUGGAAACCGCACACUGCUCUGAGCAACAGUUACCUUCCGGAGCUGAUGACAUACGACUCGAUAGUUGCCUUCGAUACUCUAUUGCUCCUGGGAAGAAAGUUGUAGAGGCUGCUGAUCUUGGUGCCGAUAAGCGCUCAAGGGUCUUUGACAAGGAGUUUCUAUUUGGGAUGUUGUCAAAUUAUUUGAGAUGGGCCCUUCAUAUCCACAGCUUUGCUCCCAAAUUACCCUUCAGACUCUGCCCCUCAUCUUGCUUCUCAGCAUAUGUUUCUUCUUCUUCUUCUUCAAUCGCAUUUUCCCAGUUCAGUCAAUCACCUGCCAAUGUUCAUGAAUUCUUGUCACUCUUACAACAAUUUUCAGAAAGACUGAUCUGGGUCAAGGCCAUCCAUUCCCAGAUUAUCACUAGUUCUAUAUUCAAAAACCAGAUUUUGGCUACAAAGCUUGUUAAAGCUUACUCUGAUUUGGGUAUUUUGGUUGAUGCCCGUCAUGUGUUCGAUCAAUUUCGUCAUCCAAUAACCAUUCUAUGCAAUGCCAUGAUUUAUGGGUAUUUAAGAAAAGAGAGAUACAAUGAGACCCUUAACUUGUUUAGUUUGAUGGGUUUUUGCAAUUUGGAGACUGAUAGCUACAUGUGUAAUUUGCACUCAAGGCGUGCAUGGGCUUAUCAGAUUAUAAAAGGGAUAUGGAAGUUAUUAAGAGAGCUGUGGAUAAAGGAAUUGAAAGUGAUUGGUUCUUGGGGAUUUCAAUGA